AUGGCAGCUUCCACCAUGGCACUAUCCUCUUCUUUCGUCGGACAGGCAGUGAAAGCAGCACCAUCUGGUUCUGAAGUCACCGGAAAUGGAAGGGUUUCCAUGAGGAAGACAGCAGUCAAGAAGGUCGCACCAUCAGGAAGCCCAUGGUACGGCCCCGACCGUGUUAAGUACCUUGGCCCAUUCUCCGGCGAAGCCCCAUCUUACCUGACCGGUGAGUUCCCCGGUGACUACGGUUGGGACACUGCUGGGCUCUCUGCUGAUCCUGAAACAUUCGCCAAGAACCGUGAGCUUGAGGUCAUCCACAGCAGAUGGGCAAUGCUCGGAGCUCUUGGGUGCGUCUUCCCUGAACUCUUGGCUCGUAAUGGGGUCAAGUUUGGUGAGGCUGUAUGGUUCAAGGCUGGAUCCCAGAUCUUUAGUGAGGGUGGUCUUGACUACUUGGGGAACCCAAGUUUGAUCCAUGCACAAAGCAUUUUAGCCAUCUGGGCUACCCAAGUGAUCUUGAUGGGUGCAGUUGAAGGUUACAGAAUUGCUGGUGGACCUCUUGGUGAGGUAGUUGACCCACUUUACCCUGGUGGUAGCUUCGACCCAUUGGGUCUGGCUGAUGACCCAGAGGCAUUUGCUGAGCUGAAAGUGAAGGAGCUCAAGAACGGUAGACUGGCCAUGUUCUCUAUGUUUGGAUUCUUUGUUCAAGCCAUUGUUACCGGAAAGGGACCAUUGGAGAAUCUUGCUGACCAUCUUGCUGACCCUGUUGCAAACAAUGCAUGGUCAUAUGCUACAAACUUUGUACCUGGAAAGAUAGCAACCCCAAUUGGUAGCAAAGUUCAAGGCAUCGGGAACUGUGGAGAAACAAUGAGUGGGAAUUGGAAUAUCUCACCGCUGAAAAAUCCACCACAGGACCUCCUUUGCGAACGUGCAAUCCGUAAGCAAAUGGUUGGUUCACUCCGUAUCAGUAGAAUGCAUUUGGUACUCGAUAAAAGUAACACAAACUCCCAUCCGAUAGAGGGCCAAGGAGGAUGA